CUCCUCCCCUUUCCUUAAGUUACAGGGAUAGUAAGUUGCUGUAUUCCCCAGCACAUGCAGAUUGUCAGUUUUCUCUGUCUCCCACUCGCUGAACUGCUGUAUCUGCCGGGAAAUCCCUGCCUUAUCUGCCACCUCGGUGUUUGUACAACACUGCAGAUCUGAAAAGGUUUCUGCAGUACCUCCCACGGAAAAGGGUCUCUCACUUUUCUGAAGGGAUUUUGACAGAAGUUAAUUGUAAGAGAAAACUUUCUGCAAGACAGAUGACUAAAGGUAACGGAGAAGAUCCCAAAAGUGGAAGUAGGAUGGAACGCUUUCAACAAGGAGUCCGGAAACGUACACUUCUGGCCAAAAAAAAGGUGCAGAGCAUAACAAAGGAUGAUGUUAAAAGUUACUUAUUGAGGAAUGCCUUUGUGCUCUUCACCGUUGUUGCUGUGAUUCUUGGUGUAAUCCUUGGAUUUUCUCUCCGAUCAUACAAGAUGAGCUAUCGGGAAGUCAAGUACUUUUCAUUUCCAGGAGAACUACUCAUGAGAAUGCUGCAAAUGCUGGUCUUACCACUAAUUGUGUCCAGCUUAGUCACAGGAAUUGCUGCCCUGGAUAGUAAAGCAUCAGGGAAGAUGGGAGUUCGAGCAGUAGUCUACUACAUGAGUACUACGAUCAUUGCUGUACUGAUUGGUAUAAUCAUUGUGGUCAUCAUCCACCCUGGGAAAGGUACAAAAGAAAACAUGCACAGAGAAGGCAAAAUUGUGCAAGUGACAGCAGCAGAUGCCUUUCUUGAUUUAAUCAGAAAUAUGUUCCCUCCAAAUCUGGUGGAAGCUUGCUUUAAACAGUUCAAAACUAACUAUGAAAAGAGAAUGUUUAAAGUAGAUAUUCCAUCCAAUGACACAUCCACGGUGGCUUCCAUAAUAAGCAAUGUGUCUGAAGCAAUGGAAACUCUCACCCGAAUGAAAGAGGAAAUGGUUCCUGUUCCAGGUUCUGUAAAUGGAGUGAAUGCCCUUGGCUUGGUGGUUUUCUCAAUUAGCUUUGGCUUAGUGAUCGGAAGCAUGAAGGAGCAAGGUCAGGCAUUAAAAGACUUCUUUGAUAGCCUUAAUGAGGCUAUCAUGAGAUUGGUAGCUCUAAUCAUGUGGUAUGCACCACUUGGAAUCCUGUUCUUGAUUGCUGGAAAAAUUGUUGAAAUGGAAGAUAUGGGUGUGAUUGGUGGUCAGCUCGCCAUGUACACUGUAACAGUUAUCAUUGGUUUGCUUAUUCAUGCUGUCAUUGUCCUACCUCUUCUGUACUUCCUGAUCACUCGUAAGAACCCUUGGGUAUUUAUUGGAGGCCUAAUCCAGGCACUAGUCACAGCUUUGGGAACAUCUUCCAGUUCUGCAACACUACCUGUUACAUUUAAAUGUCUAGAAGAAAUAAACGGAGUGGACAAACGAGUUACAAGAUUUGUACUCCCUGUUGGUGCUACAAUUAAUAUGGAUGGAACUGCUCUAUAUGAGGCUUUGGCUGCAAUUUUCAUUGCACAGGUUAACAACUUUGAUCUGAACUUUGGGCAGAUCAUCACAAUCAGCAUCACAGCUACUGCUGCCAGUAUUGGGGCUGCAGGCAUUCCUCAAGCUGGACUGGUCACCAUGGUCAUUGUGCUUACAUCAGUAGGUUUGCCUACAGAUGAUAUCACUCUUAUCAUUGCCGUGGACUGGUUCUUGGAUCGUCUUCGUACCACUACCAAUGUCUUGGGAGACUCCAUUGGAGCAGGAAUUGUUGAACACUUAUCACGGCAUGAGCUGAAGAACAGGGAUGCUGAGAUGGGUAAUUCUGUGAUAGAGGAAAAUGAAAUGAAGAAACCAUACCAGCUGAUCUCACAAGAAAAUGAGAGUGAGAAACCAUUAGAUAGUGAAACCAAGAUGUAGGGUAAAGAAGGCAUGAGUCCAACACUACAAGUGUGGAAAAUACACACUUAUUCCAGCCAUUUAUAUAAUGAAUUUACCAAGUCCACUUAUUCCCUGUAAUCUCCCUUUAUGCUUGCACUGGAAAGAAUUAAUGAAAAUAUAUUCCAAAUUAGCAGUGAUCAAGAUAUAUGUUGUCUUCCCACUUAAAAAAGAAAAUUAACAGGCAACAACACUGGUCCUGCUAUACAAGUGAUAACUGGGGAUAAAAAAAUCAUAAUCAAUUAAGUUAAAAAAUAAAAAUCAGUGUGUGUGUUACUCGGUCCUGUAAAUGUGAUUUUUUUUUUAUGAACUGGAAAGUAAGAACAGAUAACAGAGCCUGAAAACGGUUUUAUUUUUUUAAAUACUUGUGAAAUUCCUAACAUCUAUAAGCACACAAUCAAUACUUCUAACUUAAUAACUGCAUUCAGCUAAGUAAAUUAACAACAUUUUUUUGUUUUUUCAUCUGAUGUUCUUUUGUCCUAGCAUUACAUCCUUGUUCAAUUACUAGCAAGACAAUAAAAAGGACUGUAAUUGAAAGGAUUAAAAAAAAAGAGAUAUGUAGGUAAAGACAAAAAAAAAAUAAAAAUAAAUAAAAAAAAUCCACAAUGAGCACUUGAAAUACUUCUGAUGAAAGUGAUUUUAUCUGGACACAGUUUUUUGCAUUGUCCUCAGCUGAUCUUGACAAAAACUUAGUCAGCUCCCACUAACUUGCAAACAUUUUUGUAUAUACCUCCACUCUGUAUUUGACCCCAUACAGCUGAACAAUAUAUGUGUGUAAGUGCUUGUAGGAGCAAAGCCCUAGGCUGUAGUGACUCUGGGACUGGAAAUGCAUUUUCAUCUAUGUGUGGAGGGAAAAAAAAAAUAAAAAAAAAAAGCUCUGGGUAUGUCAAUUAAUCUCCUUAAUAAGCAAUAAUAAGAAUAGGAGGGAGUGUUAUCCCUCUGCAGAAGGUACAGAAGGGUGAGAUAAUCAUAUCCUAAUGGAACUGGAUUCUAAAUCUGAAUCCCUGAUGCCAAAAAGGGAUUUUCUGAUUGGAAGACUCCCAAAUGCUUGCUCACUCCACUGACAGCAAUAAAGCUGUUAGCUGAAUUUACAUUUUUCUGCCUGGAGAAGAUUCCCUAACUACAUGAGAAUUUUCCUUGUGCAUUUAUUGACAGCAUCUCAAAAAUAAAAAACAACCCUUUAGAAAGCAAAACUUAUGGGUGCUUUUUCACAUUUUUCUAGGAAAAAAAAAUGUAUAAAAUGCAAAAUACUAAAUACUAUAAUAAAUAUUGAAAACUUAAUUAGAAAGAAUUUUAAAGGUCAAUAUUGUAGGUUUCUUUCAGGAAACAGAUAAACAAAGAAUGAAAAAUGGGGAUAAUUCACUUGUAAUCCUGUGGCUGUUUGUUCAUUUCAGCAUUAUUCCCUGAUGAAGCCCUUUUCUAGAAAUGUAAAUUAUAUAGAUUUUCCUUUUAACCUUGUAUUAUUAUAGAGGUUAAACUGUAAAAUUUAAUAAUACAGUUAUGGCUGGGGGAAUGAAGAAAUAUUAAUUGGAAGGCACAAUAAUGUUGAGCAAUCAUUUUUAUUCAAACAUAAGUUUCUCUUCUUUCUGUCUUUCCUGUAUAAAAAUAAAUAAAUAAAUAAAAAUGAAGGAUUCCCUUGCAAUGUCCCAGUUGCUACUCAAAAAUUCAGUAUGUUGCUUUUGUCACUAAAAGAAUAUAAAUACAGUGUGUUUCACUGUAGUGAAUAUGUCAGCAUCUUGAUUGAAGGCAAAUCUUUUUCUGUGUCUAAAGUAACAAGGCAAGACUUUUUUUCAGGACUGAAAACUCAUGCCCAACUUCUCCUGUUGAGUAGCCCAGACAGUAUGGGCAGGAAGUUUUCAGUGACUGAAGUGAGCCAGGUUAAACCCAGACUAUCAAGCAGUCAAACCUGCAAAGCUCUAAAUGGCUCUCUGGCUGAAAGAAAGCAAGUACAAUUUAUUUUUUUUCUAACAGAACACAAAUCUAGGAUUCAGACAUUUUCUGAUAUGUAAUUAGAGAUAUUUUUAUAUAGCUACUGUAUUCAGAAUGUGUGUAUAAAUGUUAACUGUAGAAUUUAUGGCAUAACAAUUUAAUUUUUGUUAAGAUUCUGUUUGGAAAUACAUUGCAAAGGCUUAAUGUAAAUGGCUGUCUUUCUAUGACAUCAGCUCAGAAAAAUGAAUUGUGUCACAAAGUAUGUGAUCUUUUUUUAUACUAACUCUGUUUCUUUUGGAAAUCAGAUAUUAUAGAAAGAUUCCUUUCCCCAUCCCUUAUUGGUUCUGCAUUGGUAUGCACCCAGAGUGGAUUGAGAAACAUUACUUUGUAGAUGUAUUUUCAAUAAAAAUAGUUUUACAUUA